CGGCGGCUGCGCAGUGUUGAUCGGUGGAUGAUGGCAGAUCGGGUCGGGCUGGAUGAAGAUGAGGUGUCGGUGGGGAUUAACCCGGGGCCUGAACCCGAGUCCGAGUCCGGGCCUGAACCCGAACCCGAUAUAAGCAACUUAUCGGGCAUCAAAUGCACGAUAAUAGAAGACAAAAGCUGCUUAUUGAAGAAAAUGGAGAUCAGUGUGUCAGAAGCAGAGAAACGAACUGGAAAAAAUGCAGUGAACAUGCAGGAGAUUUAUACAGUAUACCUCAUUGAAACAAGGCCACUUGAUUCCCAAAAUGAAGAAGAGAGUUCUGUGCCAGAUUCCCUCUGGAGAAGAUACAGUGAAUUUGAGUUGUUGAGGAAUUAUUUAGUUGUUACAUAUCCUUGUAUAGUAGUACCGCCUCUUCCGGAAAAAAGAGCAGAAUUUGUUUGGCAUAAAUUAUCUGCUGAUAACAUGGAUCCUGAUUUUGUUGAACGACGAAGGAUUGGUCUUGAAAACUUUCUGUUGCGUGUUGCUUCGCAUUCUACUCUCUCGUGCGACCCAAUUUUCUAUUUAUUUUUAACACAGGAAAAUGGGUGGAAAGAAGCAGCAAAUGAGUCAGGAUUCCAAGCUAAGGCAGAUUCCAGGUUAAAAGCCCUCAAUGCAACAUUCAGAGUCAAGAAUCCAGACAAGAGAUUUAUGGAGCUGAAACAUUAUGGAGAUGAACUGCAGUCCAUCAUAUCACACCUACUGCGAGUCAGAGCAAGAGUGGCAGACCGCUUGUAUGGUGUAUACAAAGUGCAUGGAAAUUAUGGAAGGGUUUUCAGUGAAUGGAGUGCAAUCGAAAAGGAAAUGGGGGAUGGACUGCAGAGUGCUGGUCACCACAUGGAUGUAUAUGCAGCAUCUAUUGAUGACAUUCUAGAAGAGGAGGAGCACUACGCUGAUCAGCUAAAGGAAUAUCUCUUCUUUGCAGAAGCUCUUCGGUCUGUAUGUAGAAAGCAUGAACUGCAGCAGUAUGAUUUGGAGAUGGCUGCUUUGGAUCUAACAUCAAAGAAACAACAAAGGGAGGAGCUAGCUACUGGGACGGUGCGAACGUUUUCCCUAAAAGGUAUGACCAGCAAACUUUUUGGGCAGGAGACACCGGAACAAAGAGAAGCUAAGCUAAAUAUGUUGGAGGACCAAAUUGCUGAUGGAGAGGAGCUCGUGAAGGCCAAAAAUCUUGAGUGCGAAGAUUUCAUAAAGGAUGCCUGGGCAGACAUUGAGCGCUUUAAGGAACAGAAGAACAAUGACUUGAAAGAGGCCCUUAUCAGUUAUGCAGUGAUGCAGAUAAGCAUGUGCAAAAAGGGAAUUCAAGUUUGGACCAAUGCUAAGGAAUGCUUUAGCAAGAUGUAAAAGUUUACAUUCAAUAAACUUGAACCUUACAUAAUAGAAGCACAAGAAAAGCUAGAAUUCAGAAAUUAACUGAGCACAUUGAAUCCUUUUUACAGCGAUUGUAUAUUUGUCUUUUCAAUCCAUUUGCUUGUGAACUGGGCACAAAGAAACUUUUGUGAGAAAAUGUCUUGCUAAUAAAGUUUCAAAAUCAUGUUUCCAGGGAUGUGGGGUUAAGGGGAAAGCAGGCAGAGAAUUUCAUUCUUUUACAGAAACUAAUCUAUGUGCUAUGUAGUUUCUUCCUGCAGAUUUGAAAGCCUUCAGAUCAUUUCCAGAUGUGGUUACAUUGUGCCAGUUUUUUUUUUUGCAAAAUUUUGCCUGGGCUUUCAACAAGGCUAAGUUUCCAUAACUCCUAAUAAAAUGGACGGCUGUUCAUAUGCUUCAGAAAUAUCUAGAUAUAUAAAAUAGUCUUAGCCUGACUCUUCAAAAUAACCUUGUUUCAUUUGUCUUAAUAGAAAAGUCUUUUUUUAAAUUUCUUCCUACUGAACUUCCUGCUUUAAGCAAAUAAUAAGUAGAUAACAAUUCAGCAUGUUUAGUACUUGACUGGAAUAUAGAGGAAAUGCCUUGCCAGCCAGACUUAAUUAAUGAUGGUGCAAAAGGCUGUUAACUACUUGGUGUGACCAAUGUAGCUCAUUGAAUUAAUCUUUUUCAUUGCCAUAAAAUAUGAAUAAUUUCAAUAACUUAGACACAUUGUCAUCUGGGAAAUGUUAUGUAUACAGUUAGCAAUCAUGGUCUGUAAGUGACAAUGAGGGUCUUGUAAUUUUUUUAACUUCAUUUGACAAACUAAUUAGGUUAACUUCAGUAUCAAAGUUAUUUAUAACUUUUAUAUUCUAGCUUUCCAAAAUUUGUAAAUUUCAGAAGUGUAAAUUUUGACAGAUGACUGCCUCCCCUGCUGACCCCCCAACAAGUACUGUGCAUGUUUGAAUAAAUGUGAUUUUAAAAAUACUAACAUUCAGUUAAUGACACUAACAUUUGAAAUUGUCUAUUGAAGCCAUUUUGCCAUUCUUUAAGGACUAAUGGGAUGAAAUUUUUCUCCCCUCAUUUCAGCAAAAAUGUCUAGGGGAAAUUGCCUUUUCUACUCAUGACUUUUCUAUUCUAAGUUUGUCAAUGGGGGAAAGUUCAUUCCCAUUAUAAUUCUGCUUUAUGUAUGGUAAGCAAAGAAUUCCCCUGAAUUUCUAUAUUUGUUCUAACUUAAAUACAAUGUUAAGCUGUGCAGAACAAACAUUUGGGUGAUUUUAACAAAUCUGCUAACCAACACUUAGUUGAGAGUGGAUGGCAAAAGCGAUAAUUUGAACAUUUAUAAACAUUACCUGUUUAAUGAUCAAAAACAUUGCAAUUUUCAAAAGCUGAUGUGACUUAAGUGAUGCCAUUAAUAGGUUUUGUUGCCUUUUGCAAUUUCUCAAUUUUGCCUUUAAAUGCCAAAACAAAAUAAGAAACACUAAAUGAAGGUGCCUUAAAUUUAUUGCCUUGUGCUUAUUUGUAUUUCAAAGCAGUUGCUGCAUGUUUAUUUGCUUUGAUUCCAUCUUGGAUUGCUUAAAACAAUGCCUGAAAAGUGUUCAGAAUUCGCAUGUAGGUAAGUUCAGACAAUGCCUGGGAGUUUGUAGAAGAAUAAAAGGAAUUCCCCUUCCACCCCUGCAGCAAGCCCCAGCCCCCUCCCUCUGUGCCAUGUAUGCUGAAUAAACUUGCUUUUAAAAUGCAAA